CGGGCGUCAGUGACUUCGCGUCUGCCGAUCCGAUCGGAUCUUCUUCAAAAAGUACGACUCCACUUGACCAACAAAUUUAUAUUUUUUUUAUACCCCUCUUUUCACCAAUCUCACUAACUGAUCUCGAGACGCACUUUUAAAUUGUAAUAAUUUUUCAUUCAACAAAAACAUUUAUUGAUAGGGCUGAUUUUAGUUAUGACGGUUGGUAAUGACUCGAAAGAGGAAGCAACUUGCAUGACUGUUAACUAAAAAUUUAUCAAGGGAAAAGUACGAGGUGAAAUUUUGUAGGAAAUUAAUCCACGUGGAUUUUGGACUAUUUUGUACUUUCGUGAAAGUCUAUAGAGGUCUCGGGCCGGGAGUGAUCACAUGGUUCCAGGAAAUAAAAAAUUUGUGGUGAAUGAUAUAAAAUCUGAAGAAAUUAAGGAAUUACCUGAAAAUCACGUGAAAACCACAUUGAAAUCAUAAAAGCCCGAGGGAGUCACCUGUGUAGAUAUAAGUGCCUUCACGUAGAGCAUCGAUCGCGUUAAUCUCAAGAGAGCGUGGUUGAUCGAUCGAACGAUCGAUCGAUCUAUCCUCCAUGAAUGGAUCGCGAAUCCUUCCCAAGGCAAUACAGCCGGAAGACACUUUCGCGGUCUACGCGAUUGACUUAUAACGGGAGGAAAAACGACCGGUCGUCACGGACCGAUCAUUUUAUUCACACGUUUAAGCGCGGCUAGUCGAUGGCGCAGAAAUUUGCGGUGUCGUGAAGAAAUAAGUUUCAAAAAGAUUUAAAAAAAAGAAAGGCGCACAAAAGGACAAGAGCAAGUGAAGUGGUAUUACAUCUCCUCGACCUAUCGUCCGCGUAUCUAUAGUGGCCCAAAAAAAAUCACGUGAAAUUCAGUAAAUUCGAAAAUUAAAAAUUCGCUAAAUUUUACGUCGCAAGAUCAUCGUCUCAUUUCUAACAAAAAUUGGAGUAAUCAAUUGAUUGGUCUCAAUCUUUUGGCAACUUCUGUAAAACUGUGAAGUGCCAAAUGACAAGGAUAUCUCUCAAAGAAAAAGAUGUUUUCUAUAGAUCUAUUUGGUAACACUGCGUUCUGUUGCUUCUGGUAACAGAUACAGAUCAGUGCAAAUAAUGUUCGAUACCGAGGAGCAAGAUCAUCCUGAAUCUUUCAUCGGUUGCUGCUAAUGUCAGACGAGAUAUACUCACUGAAGUUUCAGUUGCUGGUACAAGAUAACUUGAAGUCUCCAGCAUCCCUUAAUAACCAGCGAAAGCAUCGGUUCAUGGUAUCCUGGGUAUUAUCAUUUUCUGAGCAAUUUGCCAGCGUGACGAGCCGUGACAGCGUUUGAAUCUGCGAUUCUCCCAGUCGAAGUGCUUUACGCAGAAAGUGACAGUGACUGCUACAGUCGAGUGACAUAAUUGAAGAAAGUGUCUACCAAACCUGUUAUUAACCAGAUAAGCACGUUGCUACUGACUCGCCGGUAAUUGACAAGUGGCUAGGAGUAAUGAAAUAUCAUGGUGAAAAAAAUAUAUAAACUUUUACCGUGAGUAUGAAACGUGCGUAGUCAGAUACCGAAAGCCCUUGACAUUAAUAGAUUUUUUCAAGAAAACGAGAAACUGUCAUACCAGAAAGAAAGCGUGUCCGACUCGGAGUAUUUCUCUAUCUGAGUGACAGUAUACUUAACUUUAUUCAUCCUUCUAAAAAACAAGACUGUCCAACAAGUGUCAAAUCUAAUAAAACAGAAUUUCUGAACGGACAGACUCACCGUGUCAAAACUCGCAAAACAUGUGGGACCAAAAUGUCAAUGUGAUCUGACAACCUCGAAGGAAUAAAGUGCACGAGAUAUCUCAUUAAAAAAAAGUGACUAAUAAAUUAAAUAUUUGAAAAAAAUUAUUAAAAGAAAAAAAACAAGAAAAAUGUCGUCAAACGGUGAAUUUUCGACAAUCUCAAGCGGCGAGGCUCCAUCCCUGCCAAAGUCAUUACCAAGCUCACGGGAAGCGACGGCCGAGGGAAAUUCCAAUUCGAGUGGUGGCUUCAUGCCACUUCGUGAAUUUCUUGACAGAUUUUCACUGCCAAGAGUAGUCAGACUCGAAGGUACAGGAGGCAGACCAGUUCUCUUGUAUAAACAGCAACAACGAUCUCUCAGAGUGACAGCCACUCUCUUGAUGCAUCGAUACAGACACGACGUGAAGGUGGGACCGGAAAUCGUAAUUCCUGAAGGAUAUCCGGGCUGGUUCUCCGUGAUAUCCGGAAACAACAUAGCGGGCAGCGCGAGAGUGUACCGAAGGGUUGAAACCCUUGUACGGGCAAGGGUACCUGCUUUUCUUUUGGCAGCGCCAUUAAGGGCGUACACAUUGACGCAUUCGAAAAUGGAAAAUGGAAAUCUUCGUGCUCAUUACACAAAAACGACUAUCAGGGCUGGCGAAGUUUUACGUCUGAUAGCCGUCUUCCAGGACACAAGAAAGUAUAGCACAGUGUCCUUCGGUAUUUCCGGUAGCUCCUCCGACAAGGAUCAGUAUGCCCAAUGCCUGGAUUCUCACGGUCGUGAAGUUUUUGCCCCUCUGUCAGCGAGGGGUGAAUUUUACGCGAUCUGCAUGAGUGGAAGUGACGACACGAGAAGCGACGCUGUUCUUUAUAAGGUUCACCAUCUUGCUAGAAGGCCAUUACCACUCAGAGUGAGAUUGAUAGCUGGACCGCUACCUGUACCGCUACCAAGAGAAUAUGGUGGAUUAAUGCAGUUAGAAACUUCAACCAGAGGACCAAUCGUAUUAGGGUGCAUAGUACCGGAACGACCGGUUCAUAAUCCAGAAAUGCUGGAACUGGUCGUUUCCGGUAAUGGAGCACCUAGAGUCAGAAGAGCACGAUUGGGUUAUCCGUCAGAGGCAAGAUUAUUAGCUUCUCCUAAAAUGCAACGAUUAUUGUCAGCUUGCAGCUUUUAUUAUGGACAUUUCAGUAGAGCAGUCGGCGACAGAGCAACUGAACCACGAGUGGCACCCAUUAAGUUACAAUCCAGUAAUGAUAAUCUAAAGGAAAUGCAUUUGAAGAAGAUCAAACCAAAACCGGAUACCAAACCUAUUUUACAGAGUUUAAGGGAUGGUUUGGAACACUUGAAGAAAACUACCGCCAGAGAAAGAAGUCAAACUAGACAACAAUCAGGAAAUGGAUUUCUUGAGAAGAUAACUAAAUUAACUCACGGUAAUCGUAGUAGGAAUCCAGCGAAAAAAUCGGCUUCCUUUACCUUUGCUGUCAGACCGGAUGUCGCUAUGAGAUCUCAAGAACGAUAUUGUAGUCUAGAGCCGGAAGCUACCUCGCAAAAUCAUGGAAACUCUUCAAAGCAGCCAGUACAAAGAUCGAUAUCCACUAGUGUACUCGAGGUUCCAGCUAAUGUCGAAUUACAACCGAAUUAUUCACGAGUUAGGGACAGUCUGACGCCAUUGCCCUCACCGCCAAAAUUGACACGAGCCAAGGCUGAGGAUAUUUAUGCAGAAAUUUGUGAGAACGCGGCUGCUCAGAAUGCUCAGAAAUGUCCUGGGAGUCACGUUAUAACGAAAAUAAAGAUUAUUGUUAAGAAUGGUAAUUCGUAUAUUGAAAACCAAGGUAAUUUUGAUAGUGGAAACUAUAUGAAUUCGAUGAUCUCGGAAGAGCAGAUAGACUCCAUUAUUAGUACAGAAAAUGAAGUUAUUUACAACACGGUAUUUUGAAUAGACAAGAAAAUUAUUCUUUAUUUUACCAUUUGUGCAAUACUCUUGCAAGUGUAACUGAUUUGGAAUUUUCGAAUCAAAUUAUUUUCAUUAUCUUGAUUGAAAUUUAUGAAUGUAUGUAACAUGAUAGGAAAUUCCACAGCGAAUAACAGAAUUUCAUAGGACCACUACGAGGGCUGUGCAUACUUGGAAAAUUUUUUUAAAAAAUUGUUAUGUAUAUUACGUAUCAAGAUGAAUUUGUAAUUUUUUAGACACGAUUGUGACUUGUAAAUAUUCCCACUAUAGCGAAUGAAGAAAAUGAUGGCCCGCUCAAUGUAUAGUAAGUUAAUGCUUGCGAAACAUUUGAACAAAGAUCAUAAUUUUUAAUGAGGACUUUAUGGUUCUAAUAAUUAAAAUAAUGUCUGUUGCGCUCUGUUCAGAAUCACUGUGCAUUUAAAAAAUUGUAAUUAUUAGUUAUAAGUUUUAAAUAAACAAUUCGAAAAAAAAUGUUAUUUCUUAAAUUCAUUCUGUAAUGGACAGUAAGUAAUUCACCUUACUAUUCAUCCAUUAUAUUUUUCGCGACAGUUUAAAUAAAUACAAUAUAUCGUAUAGCUUUAUAUAAACGAGAAGAAAUAAUUUACAAUUAAAAAAAUAUAUGCUGACCUCUACAGAUACUGGACUCAUAAUGAGGUAUACAAGUUCAUAUAAUACAAAAAAAUGUUUACAUAUAACAAUCGAUUUUUCACAUUACAAUUAAUAUGUUUUGGCUGAGAUGAAUGCUUAUCGGAACUAAUAAAAAUAUUAGGAAAUUA